UAGGCGGUGCGUCCAGUCAUCAGCCCCCACCUCCCAAAUUUCGACGAAAUUCCCGUAAAUCCUUAAUAAUAAUCUUCAUCUUCAUCUUCAUCUUCAUCUUCUUGCCUUUGUCCCUACGCCUCCCAAAGCAGCUCCUCUCCACAACUUUUCUCCUCCUUCCUCCGCCAUUUUACUUCGAUCGCACGUCAGCCCCGCGAGGUGGAACCGUCAAAGCCCCCACCGUCCAGAGGCUCCCUGUUUUUCUCGAUCGCCAUCGUCAUCGUCAUCGUCAUCGUGCAUCGUGGUCUCGAUUUUUGCCAAAACUGCUCGGUCCUUUUCCCCCCGCUUUCUGCGAUCUCCCGAUGGCGAAUUACGAUGCGAAAUUCGAUUUCUCCGCCAAGCGGAGAUCGUCUCUCUUCAACCGGUCCUUCACCAUGCACGCGGAGCCCCCCGCGGAGAAGCCCUACAGCAAUAAGCCCUCUUUCGAGCGGGCUGGUUCGGUCAAGAGUAUCUACAAUUCGAUCGAUUCCAUCAAAGGUAAGGUCCGAAGGCUCUGCAAUUUGUUUGAAUCCCCCAAGUCCCCGUCUAGGGGCGUUGAUGAGACCCAAACCGUGGCCCAUGCCCCUUCUAAGCUGAAACCCACGAAGGCGGUCGAUUCUGGGUAUAAUCACAGCUGUCCGUUUAGGUUGCCGGGCACGGAGGAUAGGAUUGUGGUGUAUUUCACCAGUUUACGUGGGGUUCGGAGGACGUUCGAGGAUUGUUAUGCGGUGAGGAUGAUAUUGAGGGGAUUCAGGGUUUGGGUCGACGAGAGGGAUGUAUCGAUGGACUCGGCAUAUAGGAAGGAGCUGCAGAGUGUGUUGGGGGAGAAAAAUGUUGGCUUGCCGCAGGUUUUCGUUGGUGGCCAUUAUGUGGGUGGGGUCGACGUGAUCAAGCAGCUUUAUGAAGUUGGUGAAUUGGCAAAAACUCUCGAGCGUUUUCCGAAACGGGUGCCUGGGUUUGUGUGCGAUUGUUGCGGGGAUGCAAGGUUUGUUCCCUGCACGAAUUGCAGCGGAAGUAGGAAGGUGUUCGAUGAAGAUGAAGGGGUAUUGAAGAGGUGUUUGGAGUGCAAUGAGAAUGGGUUGAUUCGUUGCCCUGAUUGCUGUUCUUGAAGAGU